GACAGGCAGGAGCAAGGAGGACUGCUAGUCCUCCAAGAGUUAUACAGUUGUGUAAUCCAGUAAGAAAGGAAAGCAGGUGUUUUUGAACUGGUGGCUGAUCUCGUUCUGCUAACAAGCGGAGGUAAAAGAUUCUGCCACUUUUUUUUUAAAAAAAAGCAAUUAACGUAUAGAGGAAGCUCUUCUCAAUUCGGACUGGGCAGAAUCAAUAUUUUCACCAGGAUAACCCACAGAGAGCCAGCGCCUGAUUCAGUAAGCGAACUGGUUGGAAGCUGCUCCUGACCCGGCAAGGCGGACCAAGUUGAGAGUCAAGCCGCUCAAAGCAAGUUCCUUGCGGGGAGAAGGCGGGACCAGUUCGAGGCGGCAUUUCCUUUACCAAAACUGACUCUGAAGGGGAAACCAGUACCUCCACCACGUGUAUAUACACGCACACACACACUGCACGUGGUUCCUCGAGGGGCACAGUCGCCCCACGAAUCCAGAAGGACCCCCCCCCCAUUGGAGGAUCUUCCCGAGUCUUGGUGAAGGGAAGUGUUCUAGCACCAACUGACUGACAUCCACCAAGCACUAUAAAAAGGGGGCUACACAGAGUGAGCUCGCCAAGUGUGGGUGGGGAAGAUUAGCGGACCCAAUAGAGGCAGCUCGCUCGGCCCCGCCCCCACGACAACGGCGGACCGGACCGGAGUAGCGAGAAGCCGCAGGGUUCCGCGCGCCGCCGGUUUGAAUCCCAACGGUCGCUGCAGCGAUGGUGUCCUGGCUCCUCUCCAGGCUGGUGGUGCUUGCGUUUGGUACUUUGUAUCCUGCAUAUGCAUCUUAUAAAGCCAUCAAGACCAAAAAUGUGAAGGAAUAUGUCCGUUGGAUGAUGUACUGGAUUGUGUUUGCAAUCUUCACAACAGUAGAAACUUUCGCAGACAUAUUUAUUUCUUGGUUUCCAUUCUACUAUGAAAUAAAAGUUGCAUUUGUGGUCUGGCUUUUAUCCCCAUACACAAAGGGUGCCAGUAUGAUUUACAGGAAGUUUGUACAUCCUACCCUUUCUUCAAAAGAGACGGAAAUAGAUUGCUACAUCAUACAAGCCAAAGAGCGUAGCUAUGAAACCAUGGUAAAUUUUGGCAGAAAAGGACUGAAUAUGGCUGCAACUGCUGCUGUCAGUGCUGCUGCAAAGAGUCAGGGAGCUCUUGCUGGACGCCUAAAGAGUUUCAGUAUUCAGGAUUUAACAACCAUCCCAGUCGACGAGCCAACACAUUACAGAGAUCCUCUUUAUCCUGAGCAUGAGCGACUGGCAAGAGAUCCCAUCUUGGUAGCAAGAGGAGAGUAUUCUGAAAGAUCUCUAGGCACUGCACUAAAACACCAAUAUGCAGAGAGUGACUCACAAGAUGAAUACCAAUCUGAUGGGGAGGCAGAAAGACAAAGGAGUUCAAUACGCCGUGAACAGUUGACUUCUAAAUCGCUAAGACGAGGGCAAAUGACGAGAAAGAAAGGACCAGGCAAAGUGGGAUAUAAAGAAGUUAUUUGCUCCAUUAUGCCUGCACUACCAUUCAGGAAUGAUAAAAACAGUAAAGUCGGGGUCAAAGAAGAGGAUGGUGAAGUCUGGUGUUGACUCUUUAUAAACAUCAAAAAAAGUAAUGUGACAUUCAGGACAAGCACUAAACUGCUCAAACCAUGGGUAAAAACCACCACUGAUGUUUUUAAAUUACUGGCAACUUUGAAAUAGCCAGGUCUUAUUGUGUGAUUUGUUUAUUGUCAAAGUUAGCCCUUUCAAGUGUUAACUGCUUUAAAGACAGUGGCACAGACUAGACCACAAUUAAAGAUGCAAAACUGUCAUCAAACUGGAAGUGUUGCAGAACUAGUUUGUAACUAAAUUUAAAACAGUGAAUAAAUGGGCACUGCAUGUGUGUGAAGAAAUUCCUAUAUUUCCAUCUUUUGGUGGAUGAAACUUUGUUACCUUCAUGACAUAAAUCUACUAUGUAUGUGGCUUGUUCCUAGAUAGGCAGGACAGCAAGUCACUAAAAUGAGCUUGUGUUGAUUGCAAUCAACAAUGUUGAACACUGAAUUUUACAGUACUCGCAUUUUUAAUUUAACUGCAGUUGAGUACCCCUCAAUUGGUAUUAACACAACUAACUGUUCAGUUUUCUCAGGUACAAUCUUGAUGGCUCUCAGUGCCUAUGGGAUAAACUCUCUACUUAAAUUGAAACUUUUUUGGCACAUAUGUAUUGGAAAUGUAAACACUGCAGUAUCAAAAUGAAAGGUCUGCUUUUCAGUUUCCAUGUUUGUACAAGAGGAUGUAAUGCGUUGUUGAGUUCAGAAAUAAUGAUGUCAGCAGAGCGGAGUCUGGAGUGUGGUACUACAGGAAAAACUAAAGUCUUAAGAAAAUGAAAGCUGGCCGUUUAUUGCCGCAAUGAGCUGUGAAAUGGGCUGAACAUCGUGUCUUUUAUGCGAGGAGGUCAUACAGUUCAUCAGUGCCCUGAGACCAUUUUCUGCUUCAAACUCCUGCCAAAGGAAAUCCUUGUGACCCAUUGCAGCUCAUUUUCAGUAAUUGUUGAUGUCUAUUUGAACGUCGAUACUUUGAGUCAUUCAGUUUGUCGGCAACUUCCAUUUGUACUCAUGCAAUUUGUAAUCAAAGAAGAACCCAUGAAACAGGAUAGAAAUGGUACAUCAGUAGCUUGAGCAGAUAAUCGAGCUCCAAUCUAAAUACUGUUAAAAGUAGUACCUGUUUUUUUUUUGUCAGAUAUUUGAAUCUUUCCUCAUAACUCUUAACAUAUUGAUAUUGUUAGGCAUCUAGGAUUAAAUCUCAAUAGAAAUUCUUUAAAUCCAAUCUGUGUCAAAACAGUAAUCACGACCAAUAUUUUAAAUUGUUUCCAAGCCAGGUAACUUGUAUCUAAAUUUAAAAUGUCUAUGCAUAUUUCUAAAUGUCUAUAUAUUAAAAUGUAUAUUUUCACUUUCCAACCGUUGUACUACUGAAAAAUAAAUAUGACUACCCUAACCUAUAAAUCCCCUUUCCACUAAGUCUAAUGUUAUUGGUGCUACAUAUACAGUACACUGUUUCCCUACAUUUCAAUGUAGUUUGUACGAUAACAAGUGUUAAUGCUGAAGUGAUGGACAAAAACCUUGUGAUAAAUCAUUGUCCUUUUUGGAUAGGUAAAUAGUGCCACUGGAGUGCUGCCAUGAAGACUGGGAAUAACGCAGCAGGCUGCCUCUUUAAUAUUUCAUGUGCUUUUGUUACAAAUUGGUGUGGUUCAAUAAUGUAUUAAUGUACAGAAGAGGAGUAAAGCACAAUGGAUUUCCCAGCACAACAUCUGGAAUGAAAUGUGUUGGACAGUCAUUUUUUGACACUCUCAAUUGAGUUGAAUUGCUAUUGAAACUUUGAAGAUUAAUGGAGAGAAGCAGGAUUCAUUUAAACUAUAUGUUUUUAUGAAAUGUAGCAGAAUAGAUAGCAAAUGUGAAGCUCCCCUUGAUCAAAUUGUGUACUUGACAUCACAAGGGAGUUAGUGUGUCACUUGGAAUCCUGCUGUGUAUUCAUUCUUGAUAACCCUGUCUCUUCUAUUUUGUUGUUAUACGAUAUCCAUUGUUUCUUAAUCCUUUACUGAGUGGUCUUUUAAAUUUUGUUUUCAGAAUAAAAGUUGUUGGCUAUUA